CCAACCACAAGGCACCAUGCAAAUGAGGCCAGUGCAUUCUGUGCCGUGUGCUGUGCUGCUGCUGCCUGGUUGUUAUAGUGAUAAACCAAGGCCUUGUUCAUCACCGCUUCCACUUAUAAGAUUUAAACAAGCACCUUCUGUUUCUCAGGGGAAAAAUGGCAUGAAGCUGGGAAAAAUAUCCACCGCCUAGAAUACCCGAGAGGAGUUCUACAUCGUGCGGAGAGCUACAGCAAGCCUUCUUCUGGCCAUGCCAGUUCUCAGCCUUGAUGCUGAGUCAGAAACAGGUAUCCCAAAUUCCCUUUGUGGUGAUCUUCCCUUAGAAAGCAUGGAAGAAUUGGAACACACUUGUCCUCAGCCUCGCCUGGCAAUUGCUGCACCUGCUCCAUUCGCUGUAGAAACAAGCUGUCAGUGUAAAGCUCCCCAUGAGAAACUAACUAUUGCUCAGGCCCACAUUGGAACACCAGUUGACCGACCUGUCAGGGUGUAUGCAGAUGGAAUAUUUGAUCUCUUCCACUCAGGCCAUGCAAGAGCCCUUAUGCAAGCGAAAAACCUGUUUCCAAACUGUUACCUGCUAGUAGGAGUUUGCAGUGAUGAGCUAACUCACAAGUACAAAGGUUUCACGGUAAUGACUGAGAGCGAGCGCUAUGAGGCGCUCCGUCACUGUCGCUAUGUGGAUGAAGUGAUCACUGAUGCCCCAUGGACACUUACUCCAGAGUUUUUAGAGAAGCAUAAGAUUGAUUUUGUGGCUCAUGAUGACAUCCCUUAUUCCUCAGCUGGCUCUGAUGAUGUAUACAAGCACAUAAAGGAGGCAGGCAUGUUUGUACCAACACAGAGGACAGAAGGUAUUUCAACGUCAGACAUAAUCACUAGAAUCGUCCGUGAUUAUGAUGUUUAUGCCAGACGCAACCUCCAGAGAGGAUACACUGCAAAAGAGCUAAAUGUUAGUUUCAUAAAUGAAAAAAAAUACAGUUUCCAAAACCAAGUGGACAAAAUGAAAGAAAAGGUGAAAACUGUGGAAGAACGAUCGAAAGAAUUUGUCUACAAGGUGGAAGAGAGGAGUCAUGAUCUAAUCCAAAAGUGGGAAGAAAAGUCUAGGGAGUUCAUCGGGAAUUUUUUGGAGUUAUUUGGUCCUGAUGGUGCCUGGAAGCAGAUGUUUCAGGAGCGCAGCGGACAAAUGCUACAAGCACUCUCACCAAGACAAAGUCCUACCAGUAGUCCCACUCGAGAACGUUCACCAUCUCGUUCCCCAUCACCACCUUUACCAUGGAUGCUGAAUAAACCCUCCCCUCCUUCAUCCCCCAAAGGUGCUGCAUCCGCCUCAAUCUCCAUUAGCAGCAUGAGUGAGGGAGAUGAAGAUGAGAAAUAACCUGUUCCAGAAGUUUUAAUUCUGAAAAUUGGACUUUAUUGACACAGAGAACAGCUCUGUUCUGCCUAGCUGGCCUCUGACAAAAAAACGGUUCAGAUUAUAUGAAGAGUCAGACUUUGGGAGCAUUUGGGAUAGGAAACAUCAAAAAAUUCUCUGGCACCUAGGUAAAAAAAAA